AUGGACCGAGAGGAACCAGUGUCCGCGAGAUUCACGUGCGUGCUCAGCCCAGGACGGGCCAAUGGGCGUGGCGGGGCGGUGGCCACACCGAAGGGGGCGGAGUUACAUUUGCGUAUAGGCGGGGUCUGCCGCUCAAGGGGCGGGGUCUCUCUGCAUAUCCAGCAGGCGGCAGGCCAAUGGGCGGGGCUAGGGCGGGGAGCCGAAGCGGGAGGGGCCCUCCUCCGCCCCUGGAACGGAAUCCUCCUGGGAGCGAAGCAGGCUAGCGAGCGUGCAUCCCGCACCAACCCCCGGCCCCCAUCCCCGGCCCGCGUCAGACAGAGCUGCCGCCGCCGCCGCUAG